AUUGAUAGCAUGAUCUGAGCGUCUGUCUGCCUUGGCUGCGCCUUACAGCAAGCCACUCAUACUCAACACUCAUAUUCCCCGCUUCGUCUCACCCGCUCCGUUGUUCCUUCUGCAAACUUGUCAAUAUCGACAUGGCCGACCCGUUAUCCAUCGCCAGCGGUGUCGCUGGCCUUGUAUCUCUUGGCCUGACUCUCUGUGGUGGUCUUCACAAUUAUUUUAGCGCCAUCCAAGAUCGACACCAAGAUAUCGAAAACGCAGCUCAAAGCCUUGCUCUUUUGCAAUCUAAUAUCUGCAUCAUCCAGUCAAGCACGUUAAAGCUUGGCCACCGCCAUGCCUUAUCUGCCAAUGGAGUCAAUCAAGGUCUAGCUAAUUGCAUGUCCCAACUCAUAACUCUACAGCAAAUGAUGUUGGACCUUACUAGAGCCGAGGGCCUGUCUGACGUGAAAGGAAAAUGGAGAAAGCAAGUGAUGAUAGCUCGGUAUCCAUUUGAUCAGAAGAAGUUGAUUCAACUUCAAGACCAGCUUUCUAAGGCCAAUGCGGCGUUAAGCAGUUUCGUACAAAACUUCAACCUUGACAUCAACAUUGGAAUUAGCGAAGAUUUGCAGGUUUUGAAAAACUACACUAAUGCUAACGAUAGCAUCACGCACAACAUGCUGAGCACCAUUGCCAGGCGACUCGACAGCAUCGUUCCAGCUCUUCAACGCACUGAAAUGGAGAUGGCAACGAUGUCUCGACACGCCCAAGAAAACUUCCUCGCCACCAGCAGCCAUAGUUCUGACGUCGUUGUAAAACCUCGCUAUCUGCAAAAUUCCCAGAAGGAAGAAGCAGUGAUGAUACGACUGAAUGAUCCGGAAUGUACUUGUUCCGACCCUCCCAGUUCUAUUUGUCGACAAUCAUCCUACGUUGAUCGAACCUGGGGAGUUUUGGUCAUCUCGAAACAAGAGCAUAAACGACAACAUCAUCGUCCUGGUUGCAUUUUCUUUAGUAAAUCACUCCAGACGUCAAAGACUACGUUUACUUAUCUUGGUCUUCGGUAUUGGCUUUCUCGAAGUUUGUCUAUGUCACUGACUCGAGAUUAUCCUGCCGGGGCAUACAAUGUUUCCUUCGGGAUACAGCCAUGCAACGUUGUAAAAUCAAGCCCGGCUUUUCAAGCCUUUAUUGACCUCGGAUGGAAGUACGAGGUCGCAAGGUCUAAUCAUCCUUAUCUUCUGUACCAAGAGGACGACUAUCCUCCUCUCAGUCUACGAGAAGAGAUCUCGAUUUUACUCAAGAAGUUAAGAACUAUUUAUACCUCAGGCGCUGCGUCACCGUUUGACGUAGAUGAUAAUGGGAACAACAUCGCCCAUAGAUGCAUGGAUCUCUAUCGGGGACAACUAAUCUAUUUGGUUUUAGAAGAGGGAUUAAGUUUCGAGGACCUUUUUGAAUCGAUUCGCUCGCUUCUGUCAUACAUGUUUGACCUUGGGGUGCCAAUUACUGCUUCCGGUUUUUACCAAGGAACAAUUCUUAGGAAUUUGUGGAAACCCCACACCUUAGCAACGCUCCCUCCGUUGUAUAACUUCAUAGCAAAACUCGAUACAUCCUUCUGUGUUGAAGACAUCGCCCAUAGCGAACCCAGGUACUGGGAUGCUGGGGAGAUAUUAAAAACUGAUUCAUUGCACGUUUGGGGCGAGUACCCCGAGAUCGCCGAAGCCUAUGGAUUCAGUGACAUCUUCCGGGCAGUUAUGCAGCGAGACCGGCAAAAGCUCGAGGCCAUUACAAUGGGCGACCAACUUCCUCCAGGUAUUCUGGAGUCAGAUAUGUAUGAACGUAACAUAUUGCACGUUAGCAUCACCUGGCCAGAAGGGCUCAGCUUGCUUCUGCAACAAAGUCAGGCUGUAUCUAUACUGUGCGACAGUGAAUUAAUACGUGUCAGUCCUCUAGAGCUUGCAAUAGAGUUGAGUGGGAAAAGAUGUACCCAAGCAGACAAGUGGAUGCUUUGCCAGGACUGUCAUUGCGCUGUUUCUGUCCAACUGCUCCUAGAGGCCGACUGUUGCCUCCCGGCUCAUUUAAUGUUAUCACGAUACUUGAAAGAGUGUUCAUUGAGAUGCAGAAAACUAUUGUUCAAGCAUUUAGAAGAUCGGCGGCGGCGACUGCGAGAUCUUUCUCUCGCAAUGCUACCCUCUAAAGUCAUAGAGUGGUAUGGAGUCACGGUUGAUUCUGUCCCUGACGCUACUGCGGCCUUCCUGUGGGAGGAAUUACAGUCACGCUCUGAUGAAUUGAGAAAGCAGGGAUUUGAGAUCAGCUGUGGCCUCAAGCCCUUUCAUUCAAACUACUACUCCGGGGGCUUAUUUGAACACCCGCUCCCUCCAGAAAUCUGUUCAUUGGCCGAUGAGUUCAGCAUUAGACCUUCAGAUGAGGGUGGUAUCAGGCCACUUCUAACACGCGUUAGAGUUCGUAAUUUUACUCCUGUGGGAGGCAUAUUCGACUUAGAGACUACUUACCUGGAUUGGCUGAUGAAGCAUGAUCUCAAGCUGGAAUACGUGACUGACGGCUUCCAGACAACGGCAUUACAUGAUUUUGGAGGAAGAAUUGGUACGAUUCUAGUUCGUUUCCUUAGUUGCCCCGACCGCAACCCGCCAUACCUUUGGGAAAGGGAAGGAAUUAGUCUGGUUAUUACCAAAAUAUGCAACAGCAAGAUGGAGUCCGAUCUACCAUGCCCCUGCGUAUCAGGUGUCUUCAACCGACCUUUGGCAUCUUUGUUUUCCGGAUUCACGGCUGAUGAAUUAUCCUCGUUCGCUUGGAAGGCCAAAAGAAUUAGGAAGAUCUGUCUUCUAGUCGAUCUGAUUGAAAACACAGCAACCAGUGUCGACACGUCCUAUCUAGCCAGAUGUGCUGUCCACAUAAUUACAAUGGAACUCCUGGGAAUCAGGCACGUUGGGCCUUGCGCCUGGAUUGACUCAAGCCCGGGAAUGAAAGAAUUAGAUGAGGAUGAAAGGGCGGAAGUAUUGGACGAAGACAGGCUUUUGCUGGAAAAGCUUGACGAUCUCGAUGGAGAAUUCCAAAGAGAGUUCCAAGAUCGAAAUGAGUCAGUGACGGACUUCCUAGUAGGGUACUAUAGUCAGAGAAUGCUGGAAGUGGUGAAAGAAAUGGAUGCGUCUCCGGCGGAUGAAUAUAGGCUUGGACUACUCGCUGCUGGUGUGGUAUUAGUAGAUUCUGAAGAAUAGCUCCGACUCCAGUUGGGAUGAGGUGAUAGAAAGCGAAGAUGGGUAUGAAAAUGAUGGCGAAAUUGAUGAGUAAGUCGUUUUACUAGGGUGGAGAAAAACAGGUAACGGAAUGGCAUAGGGAUAUAAGGACCCUCUCAAUCAUCAGAAGAUGCUGAGCAUUGCAUUUUUUUUUUCGACGUUCUUAAGCAGACAUAUCAAUAUCACCGAGACGAAACCCUAAAGACCCUUAAAGUUGAUAGCAUAGACCAGAAGCCGAUGGAGAAUCCAUCAUGUAAAUAUAAGAGACAUUAAGAGCCC